UUCACUUAUUAGCGCCAUCCUCAAUUUCUAAAGGAUAAAACCGCACUGCGUUCCAACUUCUGAAGCAAAAUCUGCAAGGCUUUAGACUCGUGGGGGCGUGGGCUGUGGCGUCAAUGGCUGCCUUUAGCAUAGGUAUCGUUCCAACAAGUGUUGCUGCUUCUUCUACUGCAAGGCUGAACUACGCUCAUUCCAGAACCAGAAUUUCUUGUAUUGGAUGGGACCCCGAAGGCGUGCUCGGACCACCCCAAACCGGACACCUUGCUAGACUUGAGUUCAAGAGACGGCUUGAGAGAGAUGCAGAAGCGCGCGAAGCCUUCGAGCGUCAAGUCCGCGAAGAGAAGGAACGCCGUCAAGCUCUUCGUCAAUCUCGGGAUGUUCCGGAUACGCUCGAGGAGCUCGUUGAGUACUUUCUUGACACUGAAGCCCAGGACAUCGAAUUCGAGAUUGCGAGAAUGAGGCCUAGACUGAAUGAGGAAUUCUUUCAGCAUCUGAAAUUUGAGUUAGGACAACUCCGCUUCUCUGUUUCAAAAACCCAGGACAUGGAGGAUAGACUGAUUGAGCUGGAGGCUCUGCAGAAAGCCUUACAGGAAGGAACAGAAGCCUAUGAUAAGAUGCAGAGUGAACUUAUUACGGCCAGGGCUAGCCUAACCAAAAUCUUGUCAUCAAAAGAUGUGAAAGCAACUUUGCUAGAAAUGGUCGAGCGCAAUGAAAUCAAUAGAUCCUUGUUGGCUCUUCUUGAUGAAAACAUAGCAAAUGCACACAAGAGUAACCAGAAACAGGCUGCAGAAUUCAUGGAGAAGCUCCGGGGGGCUGUUGUCAAGUUCAUUACAGUGUAGCUUAGUAUGGUGUUAUAUUCGUUUUCUUCUUCACCAUGAUGAUUUCUUUUUAACUUUUGAGGCAAAUUAGGCAGCGAUCUUGCCAUGUAAAUUUCACCGUAGCAUGUCAUAACGCGCAACCAAAAAGGUUGAAAUUUGAAAUGAAAUUAUUUCUUUGUGGGAGGACACGAUAUACACUCGAUAAGUCGAUGGAGAUUGAUUUUACAAAUACUAAAUAUACUUCGCUGUUAAA